CACACGCACGUGGGGGAGCACCGUCUUAAAGAAUAAGAUGGGCGGGUUUUGGAUAAUUCAUAAACACACCUGUGGAGUGUGGAGCAGAGCAUUCAUCGCCAAGCUUCAAAUUCAGCUUCAUGGCUGCAACACAUAGCACUCAGAGAUGGUUCAUCGCCAAUUCUCUGCAUUCUCCAACUCGCCCUUCCAACACACCUACCCAGCAAGCAUCACCAAUCAUAUCAAGAAGGUCUGCACUAAUUCUCAUCUCAGUCCUCCCUCUCACUUUGCUGCCGCCGCCGCAACCUUUGCUCGCCAGGGAGAGGCGCAACAGGAAGACCAUUCCUCUCGAAGACUACAACACUACCUCCGAUGGGCUGAAAUAUUAUGAUCUUGUUGAAGGAAGUGGCCCUGUGGCUGAAAAAGGAUCAACUGUGCAGGUGCAUUUCGACUGUGUAUAUCGUGGUAUAACUGCAGUUUCAAGUCGAGAAUCAAAACUAUUGGCUGGCAAUCGCAUUAUUGCACAGCCAUAUGAGUUCCAGGUUGGAGCUCCACCAGGGAAAGAGCGGAAGCGAGACUUUGUUGACAAUCCAAAUGGUUUAUUUUCUGCUCAGGCUGCCCCAAAACCUCCAAAAGCCAUGUACAAAAUAACUGAAGGAAUGAAAGUUGGAGGGAAGAGGACUGUGAUAGUUCCUCCAGAGGAAGGAUAUGGCCCAAAAGGAAUGAGUGAGAUUCCACCAGGAGAAACAUUCCAACUGAAUAUUGAAUUGUUGCAAGUAGCAACACCAGAAAGAAAGCAAUAGGUGCAUGGAAUAAACAAAUUGUAUUAUUGGAAGUCUUCUUUGCCAUUCUUUAUUCAUUUCUUUUUUGGGAAAGAUGCAGUCUCAGGUAGUGGCUUGUAUAGUUGUAUUGGAUGAGGAAAAGACAAUUUCCCUAGCAAUAUCUGUUUACAU